CGUCAAAUGAGGCAUCAUCGAUACAAAAAUCUAAACCAGUGACCAAGGCCUAGAAUUGAGACACACAUUUGAACUUGUCUCACCGAUUCAACCACUUUGUAAGCGUAUCUGUACGUCCCACAACCCCCGCACUAUUCGUCCCACAGGUCCCGCAGGCAGGCUGGAGCACAAAGACACAUCCGGGAUGUUUUUAAAGGUAUAAUAUGAGAUUAGUAUUCAUAACUACCUCAAAUUUCCAUACCUAAAUCUACUAUUUUACUAUCCAAUCCCUCAAAAUGUCUUGGACGCAUCUUAUACGAUUCUUGGCCGUCGAGGACAACCAAGUUCAUCUCGGCCAGCUGAUAGAUACCACUCGAGAUGUUGGCAGAGACAGUGUUGAUUCCAAAUCUAUCGGAGCCUUCUUGAUUAACGGUUCGAUCUUCGAUGGCCGUGUCACAAAUGUGAUUAUGCAUGUUAAGCAGUUACUCUCUCCCAUCACGCGAGAGGAGUGUAAUUAUAUACGUUGCCUGGGCUUGAAUUUCCACGAUCAUGCAAAAGAAGCUAGCCUCGCCCUCCCUAAAGCUCCAAUUCUUUUCACCAAACCACGAACCGCAUUAACCGGCCCCUACCCCGCCACCAUCAACAUCCCGAAAUGUGCCCAGGACGAGACAAGCGACUACGAAGCCGAACUGUGUGUCGUAAUCGGCAGAACCGGUCGAGACAUUCCCGAGGAAGAAGCGCUGGAUUAUGUACUGGGGUAUACAGCCUCAAAUGAUGUUUCUGCACGGACGCUGCAGAUGGAAACGUCGCAGUGGUCAUUCUCGAAGGGGUUGGAUGGGAGUUGUCCACUUGGCCCCGUUCUCGUGUCCCCAUCUGUAAUCCAAGACCCACAAACCCUCUCCAUCAAGGCGAUCUACAACGGCGCAACAGUCCAAGACGGACAUACAAAGGAGAUGAUCUUCUCGAUCAAGAAGCAGAUCAGUUAUCUGUCUCAGGGAACUACGCUGGAAGCCGGCACGAUCUUUCUCACGGGUACACCAGCUGGAAUUGGAUAUUUCAGGGAGCCUAGAGUGGUGUUGAGGGAGGGGGAUGAGAUUUCGGUGCAGAUUGAGCAGAUCGGGACUUUGGUUAAUAAGGUUCGGUACGAGUAGUAGGAAUAGGUAGAAAGAAGACUUGUUUGAGUUCUUUUAUGGAUUAAAUAUAUUUUUUGACUCUCCAUGUGAAGAUAUCUGAUGUAUUGAAUGCAGUAUACUAUUUAACAGAGUACUAUAUAUGUUACCUUAUCUCCAU